UAUCACCACUCGCAGACUCGCUUCCCCCACCUCUCUCUCUCUCUCUCUCUCUCGCCAUUAAACUAUUCCCAAGCUCCCUUUUCCUCCGUUUCUCCCUUUCUCUCCACCAACAACAUUUCCCCCAUAUUCUCAUAGCUUCACUCGCCGGGCCUCUAACCGAGAGAAGAGAAAAAAAAGUGAAUCAGAGAGUUCGGCGGUCCACAAAUAAAAUAAAAAAUCCCUAAAUUGUGCAGAGCAGCGAUGCCGGCGGCAGGGCCAGCGUCCCCGACGCCCGAUCGAGCUCCACCGGCCGCGUUCCCGUCCCUCCAGCCACCGCCGGUGCUAAUGACGACCGAUGCCGCCUUCGCCAAGGACGCGAUCCUCGCCUGGUUCCGCGGUGAAUUCGCCGCCGCGAACGCAAUCAUCGACGCAUUGUGCGGACACCUCGCGCAGCUCGACGGAGGCGGAUUGGAGUACGAUUCCGUCUUCUCCGCCAUCCACAGGAGGCGGCUCAACUGGAUCCCCGUCCUCCAGAUGCAGAAGUACCACUCCAUCGCCGACGUGGCCGUGGAGCUCAGGCGUGUCACGGAGCGGAAGGUGCAGGACAAGAACGGCGGGAUUGAAGGCAAGAAGAGUGCUAAUCAGGUGGAGGAGGCCGCCGUUCUGGUGGCGGAGCAAGAGGAGGCCGCCACCGCCGCAGCCGAUGAGAAAAUCGACGAGAUUGUCAAACCUGCCGCCGCCGCCGCUGCAGCAACGGAGAGUCACCUGAACGGAGGAGCGGAGGUGGAGGCGGCGCCGGAGAAUUCGGCUGACGAUAGUGAUGUUACCGACGAUUCAGGAGGAUCUCAUUCACAGGAAGUGGAGGCGAACAGUGAGAUCGACAUCUGCUCCAACCACGAAGAGUGCAACGCUCGUCCUACUCAGAUCAAGUUGACAAAAGGUUUCAGUGCCAAGGAACAUGUGAAAGGCCAUAUGGCGAAAAUUCAGGACAACGAGCACUUUCCCCUAAUUCAGGACUUGUUGUACAUUUUAAUGAUGCAGGUGAAUGUUGUCAAAGGACUGAAGUUAUUUGAAGAUGUAUUCACUGAUUGCGAGCUGUCCAAGCUGACUGAUUUCGUGAACCAACUCAGGCUUUCAGGGCAGAAUGGGCAACUCUCAGGUGAUACUUUCAUCCUGUUCAACAAGCAAAUGAAAGGGAACAAGAGAGAGCUGAUUCAGUUCGGCGUCCCGAUCUUCGAGCACAUUAAAGAAGAUGCUACCAACCAAACCUGUAACAUAGAACCGAUCCCAGCUCUGCUCGAAGGAGUCAUAGAUCACCUGGUGCAGUGGCGUCUCAUACCAGAAUACAGAAGGCCAAAUGGCUGCAUCAUCCACUUCUUUGAUGAGGAGGAAUUCUCGCAGCCCUUCCAGAAGCCACCCCAUGUCGACCAGCCAGUAGCUACCCUUCUCCUCUCCGAAUCAACCAUGGCGUUCGGACGUACCCUUCUGGGUGACAGCGAUGGCAACUACAGAGGUCCACUGGUGCUCUCACUGAAACAAGGGUCUCUGUUGGUGAUGAGAGGGAACAGCGCAGACACAGCAAGGCACGUCAUGUGCCCAUCCGGCAACAAGAGGGUGAGCAUCACACUCUUCCGAGUUCGGCCCGAUCCCAACCUGCUGAUCCACUCGCCACCAACCAGCCCGAUGAGUGGCGCACUCACGGUCUGGCAGCCGGCUCCCAUGCCCAACCCAUACGCCAUGGCGCCCAACGGCUACGAGGCAGUGGAAACAAUGGCAGGAAAAUGGGGCGUCAUACGCACUACACCAGUGGUGAUGCUUGCUGCUGCUGCUGCUCCCAUGCCUCGACCUCUCAUGGUUGCCUCCAAGAGAAUGAUGCCGCCGCAGCCGCAGGGUCAGGGCGGGACAGGAGUUUUCCUGCCCUGGAAUGUGGGCAGCACGAGGAAACCAGCAAAGCACCUCCCGCCGCGCGCACAGAGGGGACGCUACUUGGCGUUGCAGCCUUCUGUCCGAGGCGAUUCCGCGGCCUCUGAGACUGCGGCAAUCAGCGUCGGGGGAGCAUCGUCCUGAAAUGUGGGGGGAAAUGUACAAACGAGGGGCCAAAAUGGUUUUUGCCCAUGUUUUGGGGCUCUUUUUGUUUCUGCUGAGAAACUUGUUACGGUUUCUGCCUUGGUUUGAUUGAGUUAGUGCACAAGCACACAGCACCUGAUCUGUAGCCUAGAUGCCAUACCAGGUCGUCUAGGAGAAUUGGUGUUUAGGGAAGAGUUGAGGGUUUCUUAUUACUUUUUCUAAUUUGCGGGAGUUUGAGUGUGAAGAAUCAGCAGCUGUUUCCAGUAAGAGAGUAGGAAAGUUUUUACUUGCUCAAAAGGGUUGUCUCAUUUCAAAACCUUUCCCCCCCAAAUAGAGAGUAAAAAAAAAACCAUCUAAAUUUGGCUGUGGUUUUAUGUGCACCCUAAGUAAAAAUAUCUUCAUAUAUUGUAGACGUUCGGUCGUUCGUUAAUAGGAACUGCAUCUUCAAAAUUGAAACGUUUCCGCGGCAUAUAUACUGAA